ACAAUCACAAGUAGACCUCUUUGCUCAAAAAUUAUUAUCUUUGGUGUUUGCAUUAUCUCUGGUAUACAGCGUGUUCCGGAAAGCGCCGAUAGGUUUUAAGUCCUUUACUGCUAUACUUUAGACAUGGCGGUGGUUCCCAUAUCGAAGAAAAAGAAGUUCGUUGGAGACGGCGUGUUUAAGGCCGAAUUAAAUGAGUUCCUUACGCGGGAACUCGCUGAGGAUGGAUAUUCCGGCGUGGAGGUUCGUGUCACACCAACGCGUACGGAGAUCAUCAUUAUGGCAACAAGAACACAGAACGUUUUGGGCGACAAGGGUCGGAGGAUACGAGAAUUGACGUCCGUUGUUCAGAAAAGAUUUAACUUUCAAGACCAGUCAAUUGAACUCUAUGCAGAGAAGGUGGCGACUAGAGGGCUUUGCGCUAUAGCACAGGCAGAGUCCCUUCGUUACAAGCUGAUUGGAGGUCUCGCUGUUAGGAGGGCAUGUUAUGGUGUUCUGCGGUUCAUCAUGGAAAGUGAAGCCAAGGGAUGUGAGGUGGUGGUAUCUGGAAAGCUGAGAGGUCAGCGGGCAAAGUCCAUGAAGUUCGUUGAUGGUCUCAUGAUUCACAGUGGAGAGCCUACGAAUGACUAUGUCGAUACUGCUACUCGCCAUGUGUUACUGAGACAAGGUGUGCUUGGUAUAAAAGUUAAGAUUAUGUUGCCUUGGGAUCCCAAUGGCAAACGUGGUCCCAAGAAACCUCUGCCAGACAAUGUUUCUGUUGUGGAACCUAAAGACGAGUUGCUGCCAACCUCACCAUCUAGUGAGAUCAAAGCUGCGAAGCCGGAGGCCACUCCUCCUAUUGCUGCAGCAGCUGGCUUGUAAAAUGUUACAGAUGUUUCAUUAAUAAAAAGUUCUCCAGACAGUGGACCGAUCGAGUGGUCUAGUGGUGAUAACUCAUCAUGAGUCAUCAAUAGACGAAUCUGCACCCAGCGGCGAUGAAGACUAUGUUGAAGAAUUUACUGCAGCCAGCGACACAUUUGCUGAAAUUCCAGCUGAUGAGUGGGACAGUUGUGCUCAUCACCGCUUCACGUUUGCGGAAUUACCAGGCCCCAAACAUGUACCAAUACAUUCUACGCCAAUUAAUUUUUUAAGAGUUUCAUUCAGAAAUAUUACAGCCUUACAACUGGGCCAAUACAUUGCCAGAAUAUAUGAUGGAAAAUGGAUUGCUAAUGUGUCCGAAGUUUCUGAAGAAAAUGUUUUAAUAAAUUUCAUGCACCCCAAUGGACCAGCACAUUCUACUGGCCAGCUAGACAGGAUGCUUGUUGGAUUCCAAACCAACACAUUAUUUAUGUCAUUCCAGCUCCAUCAGCAACAAGAAUGGGCCAACAUUAUAGCUUGUUAGAAUCAACUGUAAUUGCUACUAGUAACAAAUUUCAGCAAAUGAAUUAAUAGAGUACGACUGGUA